GUUCCCCUGGAAAGAUGCUUUUUCUUGUCCAUCGAAGAACACCACCGGAGCUGCCUCCUCCCUUCCCCUGUUGCCCAGAUCUGCUCUAGGUCCUCCAUCCCAGCAUUCCUCUAUCUGGCGAUCAGAUGAAGCAACAUGUCGCCGUCGACGAUGGUACGUCGUCGACCCUGGCAAGUUCGUUCAGCCUUGAAUGGGGAAGCUCUGCCUUGUCUAUCGAUCUGAACAAAGGAUCAUUAGCUUCUGACGGGAUUGUUCUGGCCUUAGUGGUCGACGACGAAGGGGUAACUGUGGAUGAUCUUCCAAGGGAGAAUGAAGAUCUAGAUUUCUUUGGUGUGGAUUAUAGCUGUACACACAAGUGCCAUCACAAGAUGCAACCCGCAAGGAAAGUUGCUUUCGUUUACGCAGCCACCGGUAGGAGGUACCUCGGCUGCCCCCUGAAGGGAGCUGAGAGAUGCCGUUGGGUGAAGUGGAUUGACGAACUAUGGGGGCCGUGCUCUCACGAUCAAUUAUGCGAGUGUGGGACCAAUCGGACGAUAGGGCAACACUUUUAGAAUCAAAGAUCAAGGAACUUGAGCGUGCAUAUAUGGAACUUUGGAUUGAGAGAAACCUUUUUGCGAUGGAGCACGAACUCGUCGUGAGCCAGCUUGCUGGUGUCAUAGCUGACAAUAAGAUUAAGUUGUCAACGAGGUUGGAUAUCCACAAUAAAUUGUGUGUGGCGUCUAUUUCUGCAGCUGUUACUCUCGCGUCUGUGCUGGCUUAUCUGUUGACUUUGUAGAUGUGUAGAUAAGUUUUAAUUUGGUAUCUCUUGCGUUGAGAAGAGCACCCCCCUGUUGUAUGAACUUGAUAUGGGUUACACUCCCAUUGUGGAAUAAUUAUGAUUCCGUUUUAGAGACCAAUUUAA